AUGGGCCAGGCGAACCUUGCCAAAUCCCCCUGGAUCGAGUCCUACCGCAUCGAUCUGCCGGGAUGCCGGGGGAGCCGAACGACCGUGCUGGACUUUGUGGCCUCGCCAGGGACACCCCGCGAUCUCCCUGCCCAGGCCCAGGCCGCGGAGGUCCGUGAGCUGGCCGCCAGGAAGCAGGCACGCAGAGAUGCUACCAAGGCAUUAUAUGCUCGGGUGGAUGUGCCCCGCGCGACCCUGGCCUCUGGGGGCAGCAUUCCCCUGGUGGGCCUGGGCACCUGGAAGGCGGAGAGGGGCCAGGUGCGGUCCGCCGUGCACGCCGCUCUGAAGGCCGGGUACCGCCACAUCGACUGCGCCUCAGUGUACCAGAACGAGGAGGAGGUGGGGGAGGCCCUGCAGGCCGCACUGGGCAGCGGCGCCAUUCCUCGGGAGGAGCUGUUCAUCUGCUCCAAGCUCUGGAACUCAGACCAUGCCGUGGGGCGCGUGAGGGCCGCCUGCGUCAAGUCCCUGGCGGCGCUGCGCCUGACCUACCUCGACCUCUACCUCAUCCACUGGCCCGUCACCGGCAUCCCCGGUCCCGCCCUGACCCCCUCCUUGCGAGACACCUGGGACGCCAUGGAGGGGCUGGUGCGGGAGGGGCUGGUGCGUGCCAUCGGCAUGUCCAACUUCUCUGCCCGGAAGAUGGAGGAGGUGAUGCAGCACGCCACCAUCCAGCCGGCCGUGUGCCAGAUCGAGGCGCACCCCUACUGGCGGAACGACGCCCUGCUGGGCUGGUGUCGGGAGAGGGGCAUCCAUGUCACGGCGUUUUCCCCGCUGGGCUCCCCCGACUCGGCCUCCAUCUUCCCCCGCAAGCUCCCGCUGGACCUGCUGCGGGACGAGCGGGUGCUGGCGGUCGCCGCGGCGUGCGGCAAGAACGCGGGCCAGGUGCUGAUCCGCUGGGCGCUGCAGCAUGGCACCAGCGUCAUCCCCAAGAGCACCUCACCCGCGCGCAUCGCAGGCAACCUACAGGUCUUGGACUGGGAGCUGACCGAGGAGGACAUGGCCGCGCUGAGCACGCUGCCCGUGCAGCAGCGCAUGGUCAACGGCGCCACCUGGCUCCACCCCAGGGGUCCCUACAGCGGCGCGCGCAUGCCGCUGCUGGGCCUGGGCACGUGGAAGGCGCCGCCCGGCCAGGUUGCGGCGGCGGUGCAGGCGGCGGUGCGCCUGGGCUACCGCCACCUGGACUGCGCGGAGGUGUACCGCAACGAGGCCGAGGUGGGCGCGGCCCUUGCCGCGCUGUUCGAGGCCGGCGUGGUGCGGCGCGAGGACCUGUUCAUCACGGGCAAGCUGUGGAACACGUCGCACGCGGCCGCCGCCGUGGAGCGCGCGGCCCGGCGCACGCUGCGUGCGCUGCGCCUCGACUACCUCGACCUGUACCUGAUGCACUGGCCGGUGACGGGGACGAAAGGCCCGCGCCUGACGCCCCCCACCGCCGAGACCUGGGGCGCCAUGGAGGGGCUGGUGCACGCGGGUCUGGCGCGCUCCAUCGGCGUGGCCAACUUCUCCGUCCGGAAGCUGGAGGAGCUGGCGGCGGGCGCCACCAUCCCGCCGGCGGUGUGCCAGGUGGAGGCGCACCCCUACUUCCGCAACGAGCGCCUGCUGGCGCACUGCCGCGCCGCGGGCAUCCAUCUCACCGCCUACUCCCCGCUGGGGUCCCCGGACAGCGCGGCGGAGCUGGGGCGCGCCCCCAGCGCGCGCCUGCUGGACGACCCCGUGCUGGCGGAGGUGGCGGGCGAGGCGGGGCGGACCCCCGCGCAGGUGGCGCUGCGCUGGGCGCUGCAGCGCGGGACCUCCUUCCUGCCCAAGAGCACCAACGAGGACCGCAUCAAGCAAAAUGCGGACGUCUGGGACUGGGAGUUGUCGGAGGAAGCCAUGGCAAAGCUGAAUGGCAUCGCCCACCAGCAGCGCAUGGUGGACGGUUCCUUCUGGCUGAGCGAGGAGGGGCCGUACAAGACCUUGUCGGACCUCUGGGACGAGCCCUGA